UCAAGGCGAGUCUUACACGCUUCUGGCACGGGACUCUGUUUCCUCCCAAAGACAGCAUCUCAUUUUCCAGCAUCUGCGCCAGAUGUUCCAACCAACCAGAGCGCAGCGAGCUCCCACAAUGCGCUGGGAGAGGGGAGAAAGAGGAAUGCGCUGUACAAGGGGAUGCUGGAGCUGUCAAACUGGAGAGAUCGCCAGCGAUUGACCAGAAAUACUCGUUAAAUUUACAGCAAAACACGAUGCGCUCUGUCGGGUGCUUCAUCUGCCUGUCCGUCGCUUAUUUAGUAAGCUCUGCUGAUGUCAAAAGUGAAGCCGUAGCAUGGAGGAAUAGUCAAAUCCACAGUUAUUUCAUCAACAGACAGAGAGCCGCUGUCCGCACGAACGUUUUCACUAUCCUCUCCCGGGCGCAUGCAGACCGGAAUGUCUAUCCUUCCGCCGGAGUGCUCUUUGUACACGUCUUGGAAAGAGAGUAUUUUAAGGGGGAAUUUCCUCCUUACCCAAAGCCGGGGGAUGCCAGCAAUGAUCCAAUCACAUUUAAUACAAAUUUAAUGGGAUAUCCAGACAGACCUGGGUGGCUGCGUUACAUUCAGAGAACUCCUUUCAGUGACGGUGUCCUGUAUGGGUCUCCAACUGCCGAUCAUGUGGGCAAAGCAACUGUUAUUGAGAUUACCGCCUACAACAGACGAACCUUCGAAACGGCCCGGCACAACCUUGUUAUUAACAUCAUUUCAGCUGAUGAUUUUCCUCUGCCUUAUCAAGCAGAGUUCUUCAUAAAAAACAUGAACGUGGAGGAGAUGCUGGCUAGUGAGAUACUAGGAGAUUUCUUGGGAGCAGUGAAAAAUGUCUGGCAGCCAGAACGCUUGAAUGCCAUUAAUAUCACUUCAGCUCUGGACCGGGGAGGCAGAGUCCCCCUCCCUAUAAAUGACCUGAAGGAAGGGGUGUACGUGAUGGUGGGGGCCGACGUACCGUUCUCUUCCUGUCUGAAGGAAGUUGAAACCCCCCAAAACCAGCUGAGGUGCAGCCAGGAGAUGGAACCUCUCAUCAGCUGUGAUAAGAAGUUCAGGGCUCAAUUUCACAUCGACUGGUGCAAAAUCUCACUGGUAGACAUCACUAAAGUGGUCUCUGUUAGUAAAGAAAAGCCAGACCCUGGCAGUGGAGUGUUACCUGAUAUGGGCGAAUAUAACCCCCCUUCUGACUCACUGAAAAGUAGGGACUAUUUCUCUGAUUUCCUGGUCACGCUGGCAGUGCCCUCUGCUGUCGCCCUGGUCCUUUUCAUCAUCCUUGGUUAUAUCAUGUGCUGCCGUCGAGAAGGAGUGGAAAAAAGAAACAUGCAAACACCAGAUAUUCAGCUGGUCCAUCACAGUUCCAUUCAGAAGUCUUCGAAGGAGCUUCGGAACAUGUCCAAGAAUCGGGAGAUAUCUUGGCCUCUCUCGACUCUGCCAGUGUUUCACCCAGUCAGUGGGGAAAUUGUGCCACCCUUGCAUCCGGACAAUUAUGAGACCACCAGCAUGCCACUGAUGCAGACGCAGACGAAUUUACAAAAUCAGACUCAAAUACCACAGCAGCAGCCUGCAGGAGGUAAUUAUUGCAUGUCGACAUUUCGACGGCUUGAGGUAAAUGGUAUUCCUGAAGAAAGAAAGCUUACAGAAGCACAGAAUUUGUAAUUUAUCACCGCUAUAAUGGCCUUUUCUACAAAUUAAAAUAUUGAGUUUGUCAUGUACAGUAUAUGCUGACUUUGCAUGAGCCGACAAUAUAUCAGUACAGCAUUCAAUACUUCCAUGUUAUUGUGAAAAUGUGUUCAGAAUUGCCGUGGACUAAUACAUUUUAACCAGAUACUGGUAGUAUUAAAAUUGAAAACAGUGACAGCUAUAUUGUAACAUGUUUGAAGGAUGUUUGGGUUUUUUUAGUAUUUUGAUUACACCUGUAUUUUUAUGAAAAGCAAAAAAAAAAUGGAAUAAAAUCAUCAGAUUUUUUUUUUAACCAA